AUGUCGGCUGAUGAGGGAUAUUCGAAUCAUCCUGAGAAGGACAAGAGCGAAGAUUUCUUCUCACAGGAGGAGCAAGGGCAUGUGACUCACGACAUGAAGUCGCCUUUCAACGGGAUCGUCGGACUCACCGAGGCGAUGAAAAUGAUGGUCAAAGAUGAGGUCAAAAAGAAGAGGCUCACCUUGAUCAACAGGGCCGGCUCCCGCUACUGCGGAAUGGUAGAAGAGAACGUCGUUAGCGACAAGUUGGGCCGAGGGUGGAUGAAAGUAGUCAAAACGGACGUCCGCCUGGGGGCUGUAGUCGAGGAAGUGGUGGAAUUAAUGAAGUUCGGACUAGACGGACAUAACAGGCCGACCAAAUCUGACGAGGUUGCCCUCGAGGACCAGACGGGGUGGGGGGAGGAAGGAGGGGGGCCGAUAGUGAAGACCAGUGAACAACAUUUUGCUAAGGCUGUAUAUGCUGUGGUUCACAACGCUCUCAAAUUCACCGACAAAGGCCACGUUAUUUGCACUUCUAGAGAUGAACCUGAGCAUUUCGUGUUGGAAAUUCACGACACCGGAAUCGGCAUUCCUGAGGGCCAAUGGGCGCGAAUAUUUGAGCCCUGGAAAAGAGGCCUCGGGCAUUUGGCACAUACGCUCAUCGUGCCGCACUUGGGUAUUGCGGGCUUGGCGGAUGUUCUGAUAAAAACUGAAGUUAAAAAACCCAUGCAGAAACAGUUGGGCAUGAUUUAUAGAUGUGGAUUGAGAGUAGUGGAGGUUAUGUCAUUGAUAAGAGAUGGGUGUAUGGCCUGUGAGCCGCUGCUGGCGUAUCACGCCCCUUCGGAGGGGGUCGAUAUUGGUCCGAUCGUGGAGAGUUGCCAUGAGGAGUUGUUGAAGGCGAAUGAUAAAAGAGGGCAGCCUAUGAAGAAGGAUGGAGUUGAUUUUAUUAAUCUUGUUCCGAAGGACGGUUUACCUCGGGUCCGACAAGAUCCUCAUCGUCUUCGACGUAUUAUUUACCAACUGGCUGACAACGCUCUUAAAUUUACGACGGAAGGAAAUGUGACGAUAAACGCUUCAGCUGAGAGCGAUGGAGGUGUUAAACUCAUUGUGACCGACACGGGCUGUGGUUUUGAUGCGGAAGAAAAAGAAAAAUUGGAAAAUCCAUUUUUUCGAGCGCAACCUGAAAAAUACUAUGGAAUUGGACUUGGCCUGACUAUGGUACGAAAUAUGAGCGAUAAAAUGGGGUUGACGAUUACGACACAUGGAGAAAAGGAGAAGGGGGCGCGGUUUGAAGUUUUUGUACCAACGGAAAUGAAAAUGCAGAAUUUGUCAGUGAUGGGAGAAGGAGGAGCAUCUGUUGGUCUGACGAGCUCCCUCGUGGCCAACUCGACGCCUUUGAAGCCGCCCCCGACGGCCGGCCCUCCCGAGAAGAGGCCGGACAAACCGUUAGAGGGGGAGGUGGGGGAAGAGGAAAAAACAAAGGUGAAACCGAAGGCUAAGGCGAGGGUUAAGGGCAAGGCUAAGGCUAAGAAGAAGGCUGCAGUAGUGAAGGAGGAGGAUGGGGAAACUAAGGAAACUCCGACAGAUGCGAAGAAAGAUACGGCAUCGGCUCCUGUGGUGGUGGAUACUAAGAGUACUAUAUCGGCAUUGGAAGCGAAAAAGAGGGAGUAUGAGGCGAAGUUGAAAGCGAAGGGCGAGGGGACUACCGCGCUCGCCCCGGCCAAAGUUGCGACUCCGAGUAAGUCAGCGGUUCCUAAUGAUGCAGAAAUUGAAAAAAUGAAGGCUGAGUUGGCGAAUGAGCGGCAGAAGGUUGGUGAAGCGAUGAAAGCGUUGGAGUCGGCGGAAAGGAAGACGGCGGAAAGUGUUCGGGAAGCGGAAAAGGCUAGGGCGGAGAAAUUGAAUUUCCAGAAGAAGGCUAACGAGUUGGACGAUCGAGUGAGACAACUCGAAAGGGAAUUGAGGAGGAAACCACAAAAAGAGGAGACGGCGAAAACUGCAGUGAAGAAGGAAUCUUCGAAUGAGGACAAAAUUAAAAUAGAAGAAUUAAAACAUGAUAUUACAUUAUUACAAGUAUAA